CUUGCAUGCACAACUCUCUGACAAAACUUUAAUAUGACCACCACUCUAAGCCCAGAUCAGAUUAUAGAAGAAAUCGGAGGAUGUGGACGUUUCCAGAUGCGCAUGAGUAUUGUCGCUCAUGUGAUGAAAACCGUCGUCAGUUUUAGCGCCGUUUCUAUGGUUUUAGUUUCACAGACGCCAGACUGGUGGUGUGAGGACGAGUCUAAAUACAGCAACGUUUCGUCUUGUGUUCAAUAUGAAAAUGGUACUCAACAAUUUGUGUGCUCUCUAAGAUCAUGUUCAGUGAAUGGAUCAACUUGUAACAAUUUUCGAUUUGGCAAGAAAGGUUCUAUCAUAGAGGAGUUUGAUCUUGUCUGCAGCAGAGAUUACAUUCCGAGUUUAAUCAUGACUCUUCAAAUAGCUGGUUCACUCGUAGGAAAUGUUGUAUCUGGGCAGGCAUCUGAUUCGUUCGGACGAAAAAUCCCGUUUUUCUCGUCCAUGGUAGUGCUAAUACUUGGAAACUUAAUCGGCUAUUUCUCAGUCAAUUGGAUAAUGUUUGCAGCAGCGAGAUUUGUGAUAGGGAUUGGUCAUGGAUGCUUCAUGACUAUAAAAUAUAGCUUACUAUCUGAGUUUUCAUUAUCAAGGUGUAGAUCAUGGAUCAUUGGAUUUCCAUCAUGGCCUAUUCAAGCUUGUAUAUUUGCGUUGAUUUGUUGGUUAAUUCAAGACUUUCGGUACAUUCAUUUGUUCUGCGCCUUGCUUGGUAUACCAAUGUUGCUCGCGUGGUUUGUUAUUCCGGAAAGUUUCCGUUGGUAUGUAGCACACGAUCGCCCUGACAAGGCUGAGGCAAUCAUUCGGAGAGUUGCGGCUUACAACAAACGCCAGUUAUAUCAUGUUGAUCAUCUAGUGCAACAAACGCCAAUCACUCAAGAUACACAUAAAUAUUCCGUGAUCGACAUGUUUAGAUCUAAACGACUUAUAAAAACCACUUUACUCUGCGGUUUAAAUUGGCUUGCCUUAGGUCUUGUGUCGUAUGGGCUGCUCUUUGAAAUCCAGGCUCUCUCCGGGAACGUGUAUCUCAACUAUCUCUUGUUUUCAGUCGUCGGUAUUCCAUCAAAGGGUGUAGGUGUAUGGCUACAAAACAGGCUUGGUCGACGUAACCUUACAAUGCUCAGCUAUGCGCUAGUCGGUGCUUGUGGUAUAGUCGUUGGAGUUGUCCAAACCCUUGAUUUAUCGAAUCGUGAUCUACUGACGAAUGUGUUUGCGCUCACAGCUUACGCUAUAAUCGCGCUUGCCUGGGGACCUAUACAAACAAUGACUGUUGAACUAUAUCCGACUGUCAUCAGGACGGUAAGCUUUGGAAUGCUUAGUGUUAUUGGAAGAGUUGGUGCUAUGGUUGGACCCCAACUUGUCUAUCUCAAUUAUUAUGUUUCGGGUUUGCUUUAUUAUGUCUGUGCGGCUGUGUCGUUUGUUUGUGUACUUGGAUGUUUUGGCCUUGAAGAAACGAAGGAUUCAAAUUUAAGUGACAAAAUGGAGAAGAAAAAUGUACCAGUAUAAACCGAA